AUGGCAGAAUCGAAGACUUUAACGCGUGAAACUGACGUCGCUGUCGUCGAUGAAAGAGUUGCGGCCGCUCAAAAGCACACCAAAGAUCAUGGUCGCUCGCGGUCUUCAUCCGUCAAUCGCCGGUCGGAAGAAGCGCAUACCGAGACAUCAAACGCUCCUGGAGGAUACACCAGGUUACUUCCUUGGGACCCCCGACCUGGCUUUGCACAUAUUGACGGCGACGUCGAUGGACUCGGAUACAAUGAGACUUCCGUUGAUAUUGUUUGUGUGCCGUGCCCGGGCGCUGAUCCCGUUGAGACUUGGGCCCGCGACCCACUACCAGAUGGAUACUUUGAGCACUCUACCGGCGACGUGCCACUGACUGCAGUGAAAGAACUCGCUGGAGCCACUAUUUUGUCGCCGACCAUUAAUCGUCACCUCCCUAAAGCCGCCCAUCUAUGGGUGAGGCAAGGUAUAAGGAAGGAAGUGAGCGAAGCCAGAGUACUAUUGUACCGGCAUCGAGAGAUGAUUGAAGGCCUUACUCUGGAAGAACUUGCACAAGACUUGAUUGAGCAGGUCUGGAAUGUGAGGGACGGCAAGCAACGAUCCCGACCCUUAUUCUUCAUCGCCCAUAGUGUUGGAGGCUUGGUUGUUGAGUUGGCCCUCCUCAAAGCUACUCAAAACUCUCGCUAUAAGCCAUUCAUGUACAACUGCCAUGGCAUCACAUUCUUUGCCACUCCUCACCGCGGCUCGAGUUAUCUCUCAAAAAACAAUCUGAAAGACAGCAUCCAACGUCUUCUUCACCUGCAGCGGCCUCUACCGCGCUCUAUCUCUGACGAGCUGCGUCUCGGGCACAAGCCCAUGCUCAAGAUGCAUGAUGAAUUUGCGACGAUUGCCAGCGAGCUUCGGAUAUGGACCUUUUACGAGACCAUUGACUCUCAGCUUUCGGGGUCCGGAUCCAAGAGUCGCGGUACAGCAAAGGAAGUCCGGUUUGGAGCCCCGAUAGCCUCCAUCAAGUCCUCAUUAGUCGAUGUGAGGCAAGAGCGAGUAUUUUCUCUCGACAGUAAUCAUUCGGAUUGCGCUUCUUUUGGGAAAGGUAAUACCGAAACGAUGAACACUUACCUAAGGGAACUCGCUGCAGCUGUUAAGAAGGCUACCGAGCUUAGCUCUCAACAUAUUCACACUCCGUUACGUCUCAAAGAGCAUGUCAAGGUUGAAAUCAUCGGGUUUUACGAUGAUCCUGAUGCCGAGAUAGACUCGGACAUACGAUUAUAUUUCACCAAGCCGCAUCUUCAAGAGUUUUUGGAGAAGGGUCCUCACCGGUGUCUGGAAGAGCGCCUGAGGAAAACAACCCUCCCAAUGCGAUCCGAUCCGGAGUUGUCACAACAGAUACACGAUGACUUACAAAGGACUAGCAGUGGACUGGGCUUGACGCUAGGAUAUCAAGGCCCACAACAAGAAGCGGGACAUAUAGAUUCAAAAUCAGAAAGAUUGUCGAGGACUUCUGAUUCCGAAAGCAAAGGCUCACCACCAAUUGUUGUGACGCGAUCACCAAUGCCAGACAACACCAGGUCGAUGCCUACUGAGAUGGUGCGUCGCAUGGCAUCACUUACGGUACCAGCGCUCUCGACGCCAAGUUUCAGUCGGCCACCCAGCCAAAGCAGCAAUGCCGAAAGCACUAGAUCAGAUCCCACAGAUCUAGAGCUAUCGCCUAAGGCCGCUGGCCGGCACAGUCUUGAUGAGGUGAACACUGAGAAAACUCAUUCGGGCCCGUUUACUGGACACCAAGAUCAGCCAUCUAGAGCAUCGCCGCUAGAUGACGCGACAGCAGGGUUCUCAAGGCCUAAUCCCUUAGCGAGGAAGUUCAUGUGGAUUCAUACCCCUUUUACAAAUCCAUCAUGGGUAAAAGUCGACAUCUUCAGUGUUAUUGCCAACCCGCAUGACCCAAGCUUCAUCAAACUCUUCAAUUACGAUAACUGGACAUCGAAACACGUCAUUGGAAGACAUUCUCAAUCACAAGCAUCAUUUGUCAAGCCGGCAUGUAGCUUGAUUCCAGCUGGCUCAGCACCAUCUCCUCACCCAUCGCCUAAUCUUUCCGGCCGUGUUAGUCCUGCUACCGGCCCCUCCUCGUCCUACUUGUAUCUUUAUCUUCCUUUCUUGCAUUUCGAUAGGUACAUCGACAUCUUGCAAAGAAGGAACUUUAUUCUGCGUCGCAUGCAACAUGGCCGUGCGCGUCCUGUCCCUCGGGACGUUGCAGACCUGGAGUCAGCUGAGUUGCGGAUGAUUUGGGAAUACAUUGGCUACGAUCCCCCACUCAAUUACCGCCGAACACUAGACCAAUAUGAUUAUCCGUCACUCAGAGAUACAUGGGCUCGGGAUGACGACCAAAUGCUAUACAAGCUGACAAAGGAUCAAUCUUCGAGUGGCGAUGAUCGUGAACCGUCAGCUUUGAAUCGGAGACGAACGGCAAGCUCCGCCUGGAGCCCGACAGACAAGCUGACACCGUCUAGUACAGGGCUGCUCGAGGAUGAAGCAAGCGACAGCGAAGGGGUAGAGGAAGAUUUGGACAAAGUUAUCAAAGAUGGCAAGGUCCUUAUGGUCGACCAACUUUGGCUGUGGGCUAUCGAUACGCAAACCUUAACCACCUUCUUCUCGAAGAGGGAGUCCAAACCGAAAGAAGGACCACUGUUUCAGCAAGCGGAUUUGAGAAACAGUGUCUAUAAUGAACUGAACGGCGACCUGACAGGACGCUGCGAAAACGCGCUUGAUCUGGCAGCUUUUAUCGUGCUGCAUGCCAUCACUGUUCUCCUGGACAGGACUUCGCAUCCUGAUCUGGAGAUUUUCCGAAUAUUUGAGGAGGCGAUAAGCAUGCUCACUGAACGCAUGACUUCAUCGCUCAAACGCUUUCGCAUGCAAACAUUCAAAGACGUCGAUGUCGACUCGGAUGACAGCAAUCGCCCUGACUCCAUCAAGAAACGCCAUAGGCGAGAACUCCAGGAAGCUGAGCGCGAAAAUCGUGAAAAUACAUCUGCGCUCAUGGAGCUUCGUGACAUGGAGGAUGAGCUCAGGUCAAUUGAAAGAUUGUUUGAAGGCCAAGAAAUGGUGGUCAACAAUAUGAAGUCCAUAUUUGAAAGCGACGAUCUGAAAGAACUCACGCAAAACGGAGUUUUGUAUCUCGAGGAGGCACUGCGCAAGUUGGAUGAGUACAAGAGCCAGACGACGGAAAUGUUGAAGAGAGUCGAUACGACACGCAAUGACUAUGAGAAACUUCUCGAAAUGGUUCAACGCCAGGCUCAAGUUGACGAAGUUCGCUGGUCGCGCCUUCAAACAGAGCUUGCAUCCUCACAGAACCUUUCUGUAAUGAUUUUCACGACCUUCACUGUCAUAUUCCUGCCGUUAUCGUUCUUCACCAGCCUUUUUGGCAUGAACACGGUUGAAUGGGAUGAGCAGCUUCCUUCGAUCGGAUUCAUAGGUGCCAUAUCGUUACCUUUAUCCGUGUUCUUAAUCGUGGCUGCCCUUGUGUCCGCAUUUAGUACCCGCGUGCAAGGUGUGGUACGAAGUGGAUAUAGAGGGGGCAAGACUGUUUUCAUGUUCAUGUGGGCUGGUGUGAAGAAGAUCGUGCCGGAAGAAAAGAGAGUGAACAGAAGGAAGAGAAUCGACAGGCAAGAGAAGGAAGAGAUGAAAACGAGAAUAAAGGAUCGCGGCUAUGAUUUCUGGGCAACGGUCAGGAAAGAAAGGGGGAGUGAGUAUCGCAUUCCAGAGGUCAAUCGUAACAAGGGCAGUACAGGGAUGAGGGGCUCAUGA